GACGCGCUGGGCGGCCGCGCCGUCCCGAUUCCUGACUGGGCGGCCGCUCGCGGGUUCCGAGCGCCAUGGCCUCUGCCGGGCUGGCGGCCGGGCGACCCGCCGAAGAAGCGAUACCACCGCCGGCCGAGCCGCCGCCGGCCGAGCCGAAGCCGCCGCCGCCGCCCGUGGCCGCGCCCCAGCAGCCGGCGCCGCGGCCCCCGUCCCCGGCGGGCGCGAAGGAGGACAGCUACUCGUUCCUGCCUUUGGUCCACAACAUCAUCAAGUGCAUGGACAAGGACAGCCCGGACAUCCACCAUGACCUCAACGCCCUCAAGACCAAGUUCCAGGAGACACGCAAGGUCAUCAGCACCAUGCCCGGCAUCCACCUGAGCCCCGAGCAGCAGCAGCAGCAGCUGCACAGCCUCCGGGGGCAAGUCAGGACCAAGAACGAGCUCCUGCAGAAGUACAAGAGCCUCUGCAUGUUUGAGAUCCCCAAGGAGUAGAUGAGGCCGGCCUUCAGGUGCCCGGCAGGCACGCGAGAGCAAGCGGCCGGUGUGUUCCCUGUGAGUGCGGUUCUCUAGGCCCCAGCUCUGAACUUCAUAGCCGGGCAGGGUGGAGGCUGUGUGCUUCCUCAGCUGAACUUGACGUUGACUGUGGGGGGCGGCGUGGCUGGGGCCGCCGCCUCUGUGUCGCUAGGCACCGUGGCUGGAGGGCCCGCUGUGGGAAGGAGAGUGCUGCCACAGGGGUGGGCCUACCUGCCUCCGGGGAGGGCCGUCUCCGCUCUGCUUCCGGCCUCCCCCCCGACACACACACACAUGAGCAGUGUGUGCCAGGGACACAGCGUCCUGUUAGCGACAUGCCGGGAAGCCUGAGUGCUGAGCUCACUGGACGGAUGCAGCGUGGGCUGCACCAGUGAAGGAAGGAGGAAGGCUGAAACUGUUUCCUUAUGUUUGAGCCAGCGAGUGGAACUGUCCAUGGGGGCGGCCCCUCUGGGUGGCCCCUUGUCCGGGUUCCCUGCCACCUCCAUGCCUUUCACUUUUAGUUCUUGCUCCCCGUGUCUCUGUCACCUGCAGGCGUCUCGUUUAGCCAUUUAGUGCCCAAGCCACCAGGCCUCCUGGGGCACAGGCACGGUGAGCCUCCGGUCCACAGCUGGCCUCUCCCGGCAUCUCAGAUCCCGUGGUCUAGUGAAAAGUGUCUCUCUCUGUCUCUUUUUAAAAAAAAAUAUAUUUUAUUGAUUUUUUACAGAGAGGAAGGGAGAGGGAUAGAGAGCUAGAAACGUCGAUGAGAGAGAA